UUCAACGUUUACUGUCCAGUUAUUAGUGGAGUAGUAUUAAAAUCUUUAUGUGGCUUAUUGACCUUAACAAAUGACUGAAUGAGGUGUAGCCAAUGUGUAGCGUGCUUAAGGUAACAGAGUCCAGCCUCCCCUCAGUGAACGGGCCGUUGUGGUAGGCGGACAGCUGCUCUCCUCCCGCUCGAGUCUCGGUGACGGUUAAUGAGAUUAGCACUUCGUCUUAUCCUGCGUCAGUCCAAAGGGGUCAAUCACAGGAUUAGCACCUUGCUUAAGAGUUACAUCACUUUAUUAUAUUUUUUUUGUCUUCGCUGCCUUUACUGCAGGCUCUUUGUGAGGAAUUUUUCAACCUCCAAAGCAUGGCAUGUAACUUCACAUUAGUUGCCGCGUUGGACCGUUGCAUCAUGCUUCUUUUGCACUGAGUCUGUCUGGACCCUCAGCCGCUGAAUGAAGCAUCUUCCAGGGGCAGGGGAGGAGCAGGGGCAGCCAGAAAAGUGAAGGGCAGCUGGGCCAAGCUCUUGCCUGCUGUGGCAGAGUCUUGAGACUCUGCGCCAGCCAUCCUCAUGCCACUUAUAAAUAACAAAGUUGGCAAUGAUAGCACGGUCAAAGGAGGCGAUGAUUGCACAGAUGGCAAGGACGAGGCUGUGGAUGAUGGAAAGGCUCUGGUGGAUUCUUUGAUAAAGGUGGUGGCAUGUUACCGGCAUCUGGCUGCAUGCGUUGGUGGGAGCACAGACACUCUCCAGCUGCGGGAUGAGCUGCGGCAAACGCGGGAAAAGGCCCAAAAGCUGGCCGUGGCCAUCUGCCAACACCUGACCUCACGUCUCCGAGACAAGAGCCUGCCCGAGGAGCAGAGGAAGGAGAUGGAGCUCCUCUGGGUGGCCUUCUCGUCCAGCCUGGAGCUCCUCCAUGUUGACAUGUGUAAAGUUUUCAACAUGGGUGACAUUUUCUCUCCGGCUAACCCUGCUACCCUGGUGCAAACUGGCGUGCAAGGAGGAGGCACUGAGGUAGCAGCUCGAGCGCUUAGUCUUCCAGACAUGAAAGAGGCUGAGGCCCCGAACCUCCCCGAAAGCCUGGAGACUGAAGAGCGGUGCACCAUGGAGAAGGAGAUCAGCCAAAUCGACCACAUGAUCGACGACAUGGAGAUGAAGGUCAACGUGCUGCGCUGGAUGGUGGAGCCCCAAGGGCCACAGUACGCAGACCCGCUCAGCACCACCGACAGCGCCUCCCUAGCUCUGAUGUCCAUUGACGAGGAGCAGCCUGGAAGUCAGCCUACAUGCCAGCGCAGUCACAUCAUUGGGCUCGUAGUGCUGUCUGUUGUCAUUUUGCUGGCAGCCACUUUAUCCAUCUACAUUGUCUUUUUCUCAUGAACAAUAACCUUAAAACACUCAACUUAUUUUUUCCUCUCUACAACCUCAGAAAUGCUCAGCAACACUGUAAAAAAGGGCAAGCUUUGCACGUAUAGUAGUUUCUCUUUAAAAUACUUUAAGACAGUUCAAUUUUAUAUAUAAGUAUAUAUAUAAUCUAUUAGUGCAAAAUAUACUUUGUCAAAAAAUAUAUUGAAAUAAAUCUGGAUGUAAACCAGAUUGACAUUGAUUCCAAAUCUUUGUUGAACAAAGUGACAAAGGUACAGAUGCCAGUUAAAAGUGAUUUGAUAAUAUGACCGUAGGGGAGGUGGUUCAUUUUACCUGCUCAAAUGUAAAAAGAAAAAAAGAGCUUAUAUUUUCCUGUACAUUUUCCUGACUAGUUUGUUACAUGAAAGAAAAAUAUUCAGGUUUUAAAAAGACACUUUUAUUACAUUUUGUUCCUUGAUCAUUGCCAUGGAGAAGACAUACAGUAGGUGCCGAUGCUUGGUAGUUGAUAAACUGUAUUAGGUUUUUGUCUGAUUCAUUGUCAUUUAUUUUGUAUGUGAUCUGUGACAGUAUAAAGUGUAGUUACGCAUUAUAAAAUUAUCAACUUUGA